AUGACUAGCACGAUGGUUGUGGCUCCCAUGCCGGUGGCGCCCUUGCAAACGACAGUUACUCGUCCAAAUGUAGAACUGCCACAGUACCUGACAGAGAUUGCUUCAACAACGGUGAAAACACCCUUUGACCCUGCCAAACACCUGGAUUUUACUCCGCCCAAGACCGUCAUUACAAUGAAAGAUAUCGGACUUGAGGGACAUGGUAUCUCCCCGGUGGCAGUCUCAGAACCCUUCCGGCUGUUCACCGACGAAGCCGUUCAACAAUUCAGGGCCGAGAUCUUCAGCAAACCCGUCUUGGAUCAUUGUCAGGUGUCGUCCAAUUUUGCCUCGAAUAUGAUCCGCGCCUAUGCCGCUGAGACUAACCUCAUCGGGCCCCUCAGCUAUGGUCCGUUUGCCUAUAGCGUCUGGCAUCACCCGGAAGUCAUGGCCAUCAUGUCAAAGGUCGCCGGUAUAGACUUGACAGUGGGUAUGGACAUUGACGUUGGACAUGUCAACAUUUCCAUCAAUGAUGAUACGAAACCCUCAGAUCCUCGGACUGAGGUCGUCCCCGGAAAGAACGACGACGAGACGCCGGCAUUUGCGUGGCACUAUGACAGUUACCCUUUCGUCGUGGUCACGAUGCUGUCAGAUUGCACAGACAUGAAAGGAGGAGAGACGGCCCUGCGCACUGCCUCUGGCGAGAUCAUGAAAGUCCGCGGUGCAACGAUGGGAACCGCAGUGCUCUUGCAAGGACGCUACAUUGAGCACCAGGCAUUGAAAGCAUGGGGUGGUCGGGAACGCAUCAGUAUGGUGACUUCAUUUCGACCCAAAUCACCGUUCUGCAAAGACGAGACCAGCCUUGCGGGUCUCAGAGGCAUCACCGACCUCUGUCUGCUGUAUCAUCAAUACGCCGAAUAUCGAUUUCAAGUGCUGGAGACACGGUUUCGCACAAGUCGUCAGAAUCUGCUCAAGAGCUUUCAUAAACAACGUGGAUUUGAUCUGCAGGGGACGAGAUCUUUCCUCGAGGAGCAGAAGCGAUACGUGGAAGACCUAUUGAGAGAGUUGGUGCCUUAUCCUUGA